AUGGAUAUCCGCAGGACUGGUACCGCCGGAAUGCGGAUACCACUACCACCCUACAGAGACAAUGCUGCUACACCUCGAUCUACUUCUCGGUCCAACUCCCAAACCUCAGAGGACUCUCUUCGACCUCGAGAAGCCAUGGUCAUCCCUGGCGCCCGCUUCAACGACAUCCCUCCACCGCUCCCACCCCCUCGACACAAUCCCGAGUUGGCCCAGGGAGUAGACCUUGCCUGGAAGUGGGCCAACGGCGAGCCAUUUGAGACACAACGACAGCUGGCGCCUAUAAAGCCAGGCUCGAGCCUGUACGGUGGCUAUUUGGAUUCGCGGAGCCACUUUGGCCGUGCUCAAGACCCCGACGAAAUGGACCUCGACGACGACGAUUACGCCCGCCGGAGCAGCAAUGUCUCGACGGUAAGGUCACCUUCACAGGCCGAUAUUCGUCUGGCCGGUUCAGUGCCCGCCUUAAUUCGGAAACCGCCCUCUCCAACUCUGGCGAGUCAGAGAUUGCAAGGGGAAGUGCCCUUGGCCCAGAGAAAUUUCGACCGGUCGUCGCAAGCAUACGAUCAGAGACUUUUGUCCAAGAUCGGAAAGACGAAUUCGCCACCGCGACAUCAGCGUUCGGGCUCGACAGAGUCCUCAUCUUAUGCGACGAAGCUUUCCCUGCAAACAAAGGAUUCAAAAGUCCAAUUGUUGUCAGCCAAUGAGCUCCCGUCGGCGCUCUUUGAUCCGGUGUCUAGAUGGAUCACCAGUCCGGUAUCAGCAGGUGUCUCACCUGGAUCGCGAGCGGGCUGGCGUGACUACAACAUGGAUCAUCGGAGUCCUUCGAUGGAGAGCGCGAGCAACUCGCUCGUCUUGGACCCAGAACUGUUUCUUCAGCCUCGAGCGGGCGGUUUGCCCGUGGUUGGCGGCGCGGCGCCGGGAUUCGAUGAAGUGGUCAGUCUUGCGAGCCGCUCACAUCGCGGCAGUUAUGACCAAGGAUUUUUUGCCGAGACAGAAUCCGACAUUGGAGGCGAAGAUGGCAAUGCAUUCCGCAAUCUCAAUCUGAGCGACCGACCAGAGCAGCAGGUGGGUCGGCGAUCUUCUAAGCAGGGCAUGAAGCGGAGGGCAGGAUCACCCCCAUCCGAUGUGGCUCGGGACGACAAAUCCCCGUCACGUGGUAACGCAUCAGCAGAAUUGUUCCAAAAAGUCACCACGACCGCGUCUGCACGGUCGCCAGUGUCGAAGUAUUAUCAACCAAAGUAUGGAUCUGUUUCGUCGACCGCGUCGAGCGUCAGGCACAACUCAUAUGCAUCGUCUGUCGCUCUUUCAGUGGCCGGCAGUAGCAUGACCAGCAUCUCUUCCUUCGAGCGACAGUCACCGCUAGACCCUGCUUCCCAGGCUGCAUAUAUAACCUCGGCCCAGCCUGUUUCGAGCCCUGCCACGUCAAUUGCACCCUCUAGAAAACAAUCAACCCAGUCUCCGCUCGAUACCAAACCUGCCAUCCCGAAGCUAUCUACACCAUCCGCCAUGAGCGACUCGAGGCUUCCUCCUGCGACCCGCGUUGGCAAUUACUUUAUCUGCGACUGCUGCCCCAAGAAACCCAAAAAAUUCGACACAGAGGAAGAAUUGAGAGCGCAUCAAAUGGAGAAGCAGUACACAUGCCAAUACUGCAACAACCGCUUCAAGAACAAAAAUGAGGCUGAACGUCACCAAAACUCUCUACACCUACGGCGCCAUUCUUGGUCGUGUGCGGCUAUCACAAGGUAUGAGGCCGCAUUUCACCCGUCUUCUUCUCCUCCAGCAGGUGUCGCCCCAACCGAUGUGUGCGGCUAUUGCGGAGAAGAAUUUCCCAAUCUACCUCAGCCGGACUGGGAUCGCCGGAUCGACCACCUCACCAAUAUCCACAAAUUCGGCGAGUGUAACCAGUCGAAAAAAUUCUACAGGGCCGACCACUUCAGACAGCAUCUCAAGCACAGCCACGCUGGCCAGAGUGGGAAAUGGACCAACAUGCUGGAAAAUGUGUGCUUGCGCGAGGAGGUUCCCCAGGAUCCCAUUGGAAUUUCACCAAGUGGGAGUGACUCAAGCCCAGGACGAGGCCCUAGCGGCCUCUCCGACCGGCCCAUGGGUGGUGCCACGAUUGACGAAGCCCAGGACGAGACCUGA